CCAGCCUAUGUUUGUGCUUCUGUAUAAAGAUGCUUAUUUCAACACUAACGAACUUAAUGAUUCUUUGCCUAGUGUUGUUAAAUCUCUUUUGCAGAACUUCAAGUAUGUGUUUCCAAAUGAUGUUCCUAAUGGUUUACCACCAGUAAGAGGAAUCAAGCAUCAAAUUGACUUCAUUCCUGGUGCAACAAUUCCAAACCGGCCAGCAUAUCGAAGCAAUCCCAAUGAGACGAAAGAACUUCAAAGGCAGGUCGAAGAACUCAUGAAAAAGGGACAUGUGAGAGAAAGCAUGAGUCCAUGUGCAGUACCAGUGCUACUUGUGCCUAAGAAGGAUGGGACUUGGCGUAUGUGUGUUGAUUGUCGCACGGUCAACAAAAUCACUGUAAAGUAUCGUCACCCUAUUCCUAGAUUAGAUGACAUGUUAGAUGAGUUGCAUGCUGAUGGAAUCGCAGUAGAUGAAGCAAAGGUUAAGGCUAUUAAAGAAUGGCCAACACCUAAAAAUAUUUCUAAGGUGCGGAGUUUUCAUGAUUUGGCAAGUUUCUACCGGAGAUUCAUCAAGGAUUUCAGCACAAUUGCAGCAUCGUUGACUGAAAUUGUGAAAAAAAGUGUUGGAUUUAAGUGGGAAAGUAUUGGCAUUGGCGCUGUUUUGAUGCAAGAGCGGCAACCUAUUGAAUUUUUCAGUGAAAAUUUGACUGGUGCAGCACUUAACUAUCCUACUUAUGACAAGGAGAUGUAUGCAUUGGUAAGAGCUUUAGAGACAUGGCAGCAUUAUCUUUGGCCUAAGGAGAUCGUGAUACAUACUGAUCAUGAGUCAUUGAAGCACCUGAAGGGACAAGGUAAGUUGAAUAGACGACAUGCUAAGUGGGUGGAAUUCCUUGAGACGUUUCCCUAUGUGAUCAAGUAUAAACAAGGAAAGGAAAACAUUGUGGCUGAUGCAUUAUCUCGUAGACAACGGGUCAAGGUUUUUACCUUUGGUUCUUGUUGCGACAUAAACAACGGGUCAAGGUCCUAUCAUAAACCUGAUUUAGCUUUCCUGGAGUUUACAAAUCCCUUGUCGUGCUGUGGGUCUCAUUGUUCUCUUUGGGGUUCUCAUCAGUCCAAGUUCAAGAUGACUUACAUUGAGGAUCUGGAUGUCACACUGAUAGAUGUGAAUUUAAGUGAUGAGAAUAUGGCUUUUGAUGAUAUUGUGCUUAUUACAACGCAAGAGAUUGAGAGGGGAGAUAACUCAGAGAAGAAUGGGUCAAAGGAGAUUGAGAAAGGCAAAAAGAAAGUGUCAAAAGCAAAGGGAAAAGGAAAGGAAGUUCAAGUGCUACCGGAUUGGGGGAUAGAGAAUGUGUUUGCACUUACUGUUGACAAUGCAUCUACUAAUGAUGGGGUUGUGAAGGUGGUUAAGGACGCAUUGAACAAGCAGGAAAGUAGUGUUCUAGGUAGGGAUGAGUUGCAUAUGAGGCAGAGCCCUCAAAGAUUGAAUAGGUUUAAGGAAGCUACUACGAUUGAGAAAACUGAUUCCAAGAAGCUGUCAUCCAUGGAUACACCAACAGGGUGGAACUCUUUGCUUUUAAUGCUUGAAACAACAGAAAAGUUUGAGCUGACUUUUGAAAGGAUGUAUGGAGAAGAAUUAAGAAUGGUGUAUGGUGAGAUGGUGCAGAAUGAAUGCAUCAAGCUGUUUGAUGCGUACAAAAGAAUCUUGUGUUCUGAGAUGGGUUUAGAGAGAAAGACCUAUUUGAUAAGCGAGUACUCAAAGUACUUGGAGGGAAUGGAAGUAAGAAGAGAGAAAUUAGAAUUGGAAAGAUACUUUCAAGAAGAAAUUAAGCCACUCAUUGAGGACUUUGAUGUGUUAAAAUGGUCGAAGUUGCAUGGCCCUAAGUUCCCAACUGUUGCUGCAAUGGCUAAAGAUAUCUUGGCUAUGCCAAUCUCUACAAUUGCCUCAGAAUCUACAGUUAGUACUAGAGGUAGAGUGCUUGAUGCAUUUAGAAGCUCCUUGACACACCAAGAAUGGCUCAAGCACUAAUUUGUGCACAAGAUUGGCUAAGGUAAUGCAACAAGGAACAGGAGCUGUGGUUUAUAAGGAUCUUUUUUUGUGUGUAGUUUAAGAUCAAUUUGAUGCUCUAUUACUAUAUUGAAAUACAAUAUAGUUUUUGUAUAAUUUUUUGGACAAAAUUACAAAGAUGAUGGCAAGUUAACACUAGACAUGCUUAGAUGAUGCACCUACUUAAUUAGUUUUUGAUGAUGAUGGCUGGAUUCUAAUUUUUACAUAGAUAUUUUGUCAUGGCUUUUGUUAAUUGGAUACAGUCUAUGCAAAAAGAUUGGUUUUUUGUAUGCAAUGUCUAAGAAUGUACUAAUUAUCAAAUAUAUUAUUGUAAGGUCU